UCGAUUUUAAGCAACACAUAAGGCUACGAAGUGCUGAACAAAGAAAUGGCUAACAAUGAAAGGGCAGCAGAUUUUACAGAAAACCAAACUGGUAGUCUGUAUUAUGAUUAUUUUAAUUAUACUUAUGGGGACAUUCCUUUAUCUGAAGAUCCAAUCAUCACACAUUUCAACAUCUUUGCUAUUUUUAUCAUGGCAAUAUACUGUUUUGUUUUCAUGUUUGGAACUACUGGGAAUAUUUUCGUCAUUUACAUAAUGUUAAGGAAGAAAAGGAAGAGGAGACUUGCAGAUAUUUUUAUUACUCAUCUGGCUUUUGCAGACCUUGUUUUCCUCAUCACCCUGCCACUUUGGGUUGUUUCAUUGGCUUUGAACAACCGAUGGCCAUUUGGUGAUUUCUUUUGCAAGUUUGCCUGCUACGUCAUCUCUGUCAACAUGUUUUCCAGCAUCUUUUUCAUGACCUGUAUGAGUAUCGACAGGUACAUGACCAUUGUUUUAUCGAUGGACACCAGGGCAAUGAGAACGAAAAGAUAUACUCAGAUAAUGAUAGUGAUUGUGUGGGUACUGUCAAUCGGUUUGGGCAUCCAAGCCUUUUUUUUCAGAAGUGUUAAUGAGAAACACAAUCUGAAAUACUGCAGUGAAGUCAGUUCCGUGGCUAAGACUUUAUUUAGUCUGUUUACAAGGGUCAUAGCUUUUUUGCUUCCCUUCUUGAUCAUAACAGUUUGCUACGCUUUCAUCGCCGUCAAACUCAACCGCCACUUUACCCGAAUAAAUAACGAGUGGAAGAAGCAACGAAGAUCCAUCAAGAUUGGACUUUGGAUUGUAGCCAUGUUUGUCAUUUCGUGGCUCCCUUUCAACAUAUUAACCACAAUACGGACAUUUAAUAAGUCAAAACACAUUGAACUAUCUUCUGAAAAUGCAUACAAGAUUGACAGUGCCCUGAGUUUUACAACUUGCUUGGCUUUCAGUAACAGUUGUGUCAAUCCUAUCAUCUAUGUGGUAUUUGAUGGUUAUUUCCAGAAAUGUUUUUUAAAGGUGUUUCCUUGUGCUAUUGCCCAGAUACUGGCAACAAGAAGAUCCAGCUUGAGCUCUUCGGUUUCACAUGUUGAAAGAGAUUCGGCUUCCAACAAAGACAUUUUCCCAGGUGGGAAGCGCCAUUCUUCCACAGAAAUGAAGUAGGAAGGCAGAGCCUCACCUGGUCUCAUCUCAUUCAUUUUUUUUUUUUUUUUUUUUUAUCAAAAUACUUUUCAGUAGAGGCUUUCAGAAAUGAAUGUGAGAACAAGUUUAUUAUUAUAACAUUGGAUUGACACACUGAUGGUGUAACACUUGAUUUCAUAAUAUGAGGUAAAGGUAAGGUUUUAUUCAAAUGCAGAUAUACAAAUUAUGUAUCCUUACA